AUGCUGUCAGCUUUCCUGCUCCUACUCCUGGCCACCACAAGCCUAGCCAUGCCUCCGCCAACCCAUGAGCUGGUGAAGCGGAACGUGACUGCCAGCUCCACAUCCACCUCCACAUCCACAAGACAUGAUUGCAUGCAAAAUUGCACAUCACAGUGCGGCCAUGGUAGUGUUUGUGAUUUGGUGUGUUCCAUCCUCGGAUGCCCCAACAUGAAACGAGCGGAUCUUUCGGGCGAAUUCGAGAAGGCAGAGGUAGCGAGAAGGUCGGAUGACGAAGACAAAGACGGCUUUGAAGAUGUUGAGGUGGUCGAGGCAUAG